UGGAAACUAGACUCGGGAAGUAAACUGAUACUAUUUCAAAGUGUCGUAUUAACUAUUCACGCUUCAUAGCCCUUUUAAAGGUUGACUCUUAAACGUAACAAAACAAAAUAUGUUUACUGUGCUCUACAUCACAGUUCUUCAUUUCAAAUGAAAAAAAUAAUAUUAUAACGAAGCACCACAGAAUAAUUGAAAAUGAUUUCAAACUCUUAACAGUUUAUUUUAUUAUUUACAAAAUUAAAUUCUUUUGUAAGUUGCAACCCUAACUUGUAAAACGAAAUUUGCAACCACUUAUAAGGUUUUGUAAUUCCUUUGCAGACUCAAGCCUUUCGUUGAUCAGACGCGUCCAGUGCGUGCAAACUUCAACAUUCGCAUAAAAGAGUUGAGGAAAAAAGUUUUUACUCAUAACGAGAAAAAACACAAUGGCUACCGUCCAAGGCCCGAUAAACCUGCCUACUCUAGCUAAAAAAGAAAGUCAGGAGUUAGACUUAGUUGCUUUAACAAUGGCAGCACUACGACUAGUCAACCCUUGGACUGUGGAGAAGAGAGAUGAGAAGAAACCCGAGAAAUGGCCACAGGAUAUUGAACCUGGUUCACCCGAAGCUAAAGAGCGAGUCAUCACCCUGGAGGAGGUGUCAUACCAUGACACCGCCAAAGACUGCUGGGUGGUUAUAUACGACCGUGUUUACGAUAUCACUACCUUCCUUGAAGAACACCCAGGUGGAGCUGAUGUGAUGCUGGAGUACGCAGGUCAGGAUGCGAGUACAGCGUUCCGAAGCUCUGGUCAUAGCCGUAACACUACCAGAACCCUAGACCGGUUCCUGGUGGGAGAACUGCCUAUGCAUGAACGCAUGUACCGUCGCCCUGGCGGCAUGCGCCUCUCUGACAUUCCGGAUUAAAACAUUAAGGAGUUUUAAAAGACGCUUCACACGGUCGAUUAGGACGCAGAUGAGGAUGUUCGUCUUCAAUUUAUCACCUGCAAAAACAGCAAUUGGUUUGCACUCUAUCAUUUGCCCGUCUGCAAUUUCACCAACUGUGGAAAUCCAGCUAAAAUAGACUCAUCACUAAGAAAAAUAGAAUUAUGGAUACUUAAAUAAAUUUGAAUAAGGCGCCUUCUUAAUAAAUUGAAUGAGGACAAGAAUUUAAUUAUUGUUUUAUAUCUCUAAUUAGUUAUUUUACUUGUUAAUAAUAGCACCUACAUAAGAAUCAAUUUUUAAAUAUUAAUGUGUGUCAAUGUUCACCUUAUUUAUUCUCAAUAAUGUAAGAGUUUCAAUAGUGUUAUUUCAUGAAUUACCCAUAAGUGUAGUAUUCAAAUUGUGAGUAAUUAAUAGUUUUAUUCAGCUGAAGUGAAUUUCUGAGUAUUGUUUGAUUUAAACUAAAUAAUUAAGUAGUUCGCAUUUAGUAUUGUAAAAACUAAUAUAACAUAACUCAGUAUUAUUAUUACAUAUUUUUGUGUAUUUAAACACUAUUCUUGACUACUUCGAAAAAUAAUGUUUUAAAGUUAUAACAAUUUACUAUAUUAGAUUUAAUCAAAAGUUCCUAUUGUUUUUGUUUAAAUAAAUUUUGUAAGCAAUGAUUUGCG